CCGUUCCGGCCUCAGGCAGAAGCGCACGCCCCCCCUCGCCGCGGUUCACUUCCACCCCCACCCCACCCGAACCCCGAGGAGCGGCGGCGGCGGCGGAUUCGGCCAUGGUGCGGUGCAGCAACGGCCUCCUGGGCCUCCUCAACGCGGGCGUGCUGGUCCUCGCCGUCGUCGCGCUGGGCGGCGGCGCGUGGCUGAGCCACCGCGCGUCCACCGACUGCGAGCGGUUCCUCGAGCGCCCCGUCAUCGCGCUGGGCGUGCUCCUCCUCGCGCUCUCCCUCGCGGGCCUGGCGGGGGCGCUCUGCCGCGCGUCCUGCCUCCUCUGGCUCUACCUCCUCGCGCUCUUCCUCCUCAUCGUGCUCCUCUUCGCGUUCACCAUCUUCGCAUUCGUCGUCACCAACCGCGGCGCCGGGUGGGUCGUCUCCGGCAGGGGGUACAAGGAGUACCGCCUCGGGGACUACUCCACCUGGCUGCAGCGGAGGGUCGAGAACGCCGGGAAUUGGGCCAAGAUCCGGAGCUGCAUCCAUGACGGCAAGGUCUGCCAGAAGCUUGGGGACAGGAAGGAGACGGUCACCCAGUUCGUCAACAGCAACCUCUCCCCGAUCCAGUCUGGAUGCUGCAAGCCACCAACCGGCUGCAACUUCACCUACCAGAGCGAGACCGUCUGGAUCAAACCCGAUGGCUUCAACACUACCACCGACGACCCCGACUGCACCACAUGGUCGAACGACCAGACCGCGCUCUGCUAUGACUGCAUGGCGUGCAAGGCGGGCGUGCUCGCAAACCUGAAGAACGACUGGAAGAAGAUCGCCACCGUCAACAUCGUCUUCCUGAUCUUCCUCAUCGUCAUCUACUCCGUGGGGUGCUGCGCGUUCAGGAACAACCGGCAGGACAACUCGGACCCGGCCUGGAAGUGAGGGAAAUUCUUGUCGAUUUUGCUGGAUGAAACGUCGAAAAAAAGUAGGAUGCUCAUCGAAAGAAGUACAGGUGUGUUGCUACUGUCUUGAUUGCAAGGAACCGACCAAAAGUUUACAGCAUUUUGUUCAUCAGCUGUAAAGUUCUACUGAGCCAUGAAGCACGAGAGAACACCUCAUCAACACCUUAUAAGGACCUGUUUUUUUUAUGUGCUAAAACAUAAACCCCUUGUAAGGGUCUAUUUGGAUGGGCUAAAGUUGAGUGCUAAAAACUUUAGCACCUAUUAGCACUUUUAUUUUUGCUAAAAUUUUUAAAUCUUGGCUAAAGUUUAACGUAUCCCAUUUGGAAAAACUAGUGCUAAGAUUUGGCACUUUGGGGUAUUAGCAUUUGGAUACAAACAUCCAUAAAUCGUAGGACUAAACUAUCGUUAGAUUGAGGCUUAGGCCUUUGGGGCUGUGAAAGAAAGUAUGAGCAUUGUUUGGGUGUCGUGAAGUGUGAUGCAAACAUACUAGCACUGUACAUCGGCGGCAUAGAGGAAACU